CACACGUCGAGACCGCGAGCUGUGCCAGCGCCCCGCCGCAGCCGUCCCGGUCGCACAGGGCUUCGGUUCUGGAAGUUCACAUGGGAACCAGCAGCCGAGGAGAGGAAAAACCGCCUCCGUUUACGCCGGGCGGAGGGGAGCAGACCCCAUCUCCCGACGCGCGCAGCCCCCGCCGGCUGACGAGGAAGGAAAGCCUUCCAAACACGGACAAAAACAUCCCCAAAGAAAGGCAGAAAGCGGCAGCCCUGGUGGGGCCCAACCACAUCAGGCAGACGCCUUCCCCCUCGUUUUCCCUCCGCGACUCCUCCAAAAGCAGCGCCAGGGACCACCUGCCACCCGCCGCCUCUUGGGUGUUGUCUGGACACACGGAAGCUUUUCUUCGAAGCAUGGGAAAUGUAGUCUCCCUGCCGCAGGCUUUGAUUUCUUGGCGAACUACAUUUCCCAGAGAACGGCUCUGGCGGCAGGCGCUCGCGUCCCUUCGGCGGCCGGUCGCGGUCGCAGUCACGUCGCGGCAGCAGGAUGAGAGCAGACCAUGUUCUCUGCCAGGACGUUGUCAGGAGGUCACAGAGCCGUCAGACUCCAUCACUUCAGAUCCCAUGUUGUAUCCAGAACCUCUCCAAACUUGGCUUUCGUGCCAGCGUGUCUUCCCCCGGAUCCCGUGGAAGUCGCGGAGCUGCAGCACUUUGUUUCCCAGUCCAAGAAGCUGUUUGUAAUGACUGGAGCCGGCGUCUCGACUGAAUCGGGGAUCCCGGAUUACCGCUCCGAGGGUGUUGGGCUCUACGCCAGGACAGACAGGCGGCCCGUCCAGCACGCCGAGUUUGUCCGCAGCGCCAGCGCCCGGCAGCGGUACUGGGCAAGGAACUUUGUGGGCUGGCCCCAGUUCUCCUCCCACCAGCCAAACGCAGCACACCUGGCGCUGAGAGACUGGGAGAAGCUGGGGAAGCUGCACUGGCUGGUGACCCAGAACGUGGAUGCCCUGCACAGCAAAGCCGGGAGCCAGCGCAUGACAGAAUUGCACGGCUGCACGCACAGGGUUUUCUGCCUGGGCUGUGGAGACCAAACCUUGCGUUCUGAGCUUCAGGAGCACUUUGAAGCUUUGAAUCCUACCUGGAAAGCUGAAGCACUUGGCGUGGCUCCCGAUGGGGAUGUCUUCCUGACAGACGAGCAGGUGCGUACUUUCCGAGUGCCAGCCUGCAGUAAGUGCGGUGGAAUCCUGAAGCCUGAUGUGACGUUCUUCGGAGACACAGUGAGCCGGGACAAAGUGAAUUUCGUGCACCAGCGCCUGGCAGAAUCAGACUCCAUGCUGGUGGCAGGAUCCUCCAUGCAGGUAUACUCUGGUUACAGGUUUGCACUUGCUGCCCGGGAGAAGCAGCUGCCAAUUGUGAUACUGAACAUCGGGCCGACUCGGUUAGAUCACUUUGCAUCCCUGAAACUGAACUCCCGCUGUGGGGAGCUGCUGCCUUUGAUUGAUGCACACUGACCCAACAAGCUGAGGAUCGGUGGCUAUCAAGGAGUAAAAUUUUUACAAGGACCCAUCAUCUCAAAAGCAGAAGCACUUCAACCGAAGAGGCAGCUCUGAGACCCAGCGCAUAGCCCCCGAGGAGACCAGGAGAGGGCAGCAAGCCUCGCACAUGCCAACCUGACCAGUUUUCUGCACUGAAAUCAUCCCCACUUACCAGGGAACAGAGGGAUGAUGACAAAGCUUCUCAUUUUUUUCUUCCUUACCCUGCCAUUGUAAACAGUGCCUGUUCUUUGCAUUCACUGGGACAGGAUGAUCAGAAUUCUGUCCGGAACAAUACAUUUCUUAUAAUUGUCCCAAGAGAAGAAUGAGGGACAGAGAGUUUGAGUAACUUGAGGAGUUAGAAUAGCACAGGAGGGCCAUGUCACCACCCUGUCAGCCGGGGGGUCCACGGACACUAUCAGGCGACUGCAGAGCCUGCAGAGGGCAAAAGGAGGCAAGAGGACCUGCAGCUGGCUUUGACUUGUGAGGAGACUGUAAUAGAAAACAUGGUUCAAGAGAGAAGCUGAACAAGAACACUGCUCUUCUAAGAGAUGAUCAGAAAGCACAGAAUACAAGGCUGAUGUCUUCCAGCAAGGAAGAGAAGCACUUGUCCCCACUGUCAGUUGGCCAAUUAAGCUAGUUACUAUCUGAACCCUUCAAAAAUAAUAUAUUGUUGAGAUGCCAGAGGAGUUUCUCUUAGCUAAUCUGACCAGAGCUGCUUCUGGUGUGGCUGCUAUUUUCUGGAAUGCACUUUUGAAGAUGUUAUAUUAUUAAUGAAUAGUUCAAUGGUGAAAUAAAAUUGUUUACAAAACUGA